AUGUUCCGCACUUGCUUCGCAGCGACGAUUGCGGAGGUCAAGGGUGCACGGCAGGCCUUCAUCACCUCCCGCUUCGAGAUCGACUCCAAGGGCCUUCCAACAGAUGCCAACAUCCUGGAAUUUUGUUUCCCGCUGGGCGCUGCAGCCGUAGUCCCCAAGGAGUACCAGGCGGUCGAGGAGUUCCUGUUUGCCCUGACGGGGGGUGGCGGCGACCGCCUGUAUGGCUUCUGCAGGCACUCCCUCCCCCCCAACCGCCCCGGGGAGGGCAACGGUCGGGGGAUCGCCAAGCUCCAGCGAUAUCCCCAGGCGCUGUGCAUCGUCUCGCCCCACCCAUGGGCCCAGUUCUUCUUCAGGGUGCUGGAGGUGCUGGACCGCACGCUGCGCGCGCUGCCCUCCCCGACCCUGAACGGCCACGCUUUCCUGCGCGACCUGGACGCCGCGGCCCCCGCCGCGCUUGGGUCGGUGCUGCGCCUGCCCUGGCCGGCCUGCCUGCACGUCGGGUCCCUGCCCCGCCAGCACCGCGCCUUCGCCUCCCCCGCCGACCCGGGGGCCUGGCUGGCCGCAGGCGAGGGCGGCGUGCUGGAGCUGGAGGUGCCCCCCGACGUCGGCGGCGGCGCCUCCACCGCCGGCAUCCCACUGGCCCCCCUCCUCUGGCACCUCACGCCGCGCCUGGCGGUCAGCCUCCUGGCCGCCCUGCUCAUGGAGCGCCGCGUGGUGGUGGUCUCCGCCGACCUGGGCCGCCUGACGGCCGCCGUGGCCGCCGCGGCCGCGCUGCUGCACCCUUUCCACUGGCAGCACAUCUUCCUGCCCCUUGUCCCCGCGUCGCUGCUGGAUUACCUGGCGGCGCCCAUGCCCUUCCUGGCGGGCGUGCCCGCGGCCUGCCUGCCCACGCUGCGCACGCUGGCCAUGGAGGAGGCGGCCUUCGACGACCUGCGCGACCUCCAGCGGUCGCCCGCCGAGGCAGCCUCCACGCCCAAGGCCGCCGAGAUCGUGCGUGCCUGGGCGGGGCUGGUGCACGUCGCGCGCAGCACAGGCAGCGUGCAGCGCGCCCGGUCCGACACCAGCAUCAGGGCGCAUGGCUUCGUGUUCGACCUGGAGGGUUUCGUGAACGGCCCGCGCCGCGCCUCGCGCCUCGCCGCCUUCUUCGCCGCCUUCCGCCACUCCCAGAUGUUCGAGGUGUUUGUCGUGGAGCGCUGCGCGGCGGCCGCGCAGGGCUACCCGCUCACCGACGCGUUCGAGGCCGAGGUCUCCGAUCGUGUGGGCCAGGGGGCCUCGCCCCUGGCGGCGGCCGCGGCGGCCGCCGCUGCGCGCGGCGCCGGUUCGCGCAUCGGCAGCCUCUGGCGCAAGACCUCCGACGUCGUGCGACAGUCCUCCGACACCCUGGUCACCGCCGUCAGGACGCUGGGCACGCUGCAGGACGACUACCCACUGCCCGGGUGA